AUGGCUUCCAACAUUGAAGGUAUGCUACAAAUGAUCAAGCCUGGGUUUCAAACCCGCAAGCCAAGGAUGCGAGUUAUGAAGCACCCUCAGGCUUUCCAAUUCAGAAUCCCAGAAUCAGAACCAGAAGAAUGUGAUCUCAUGGAUGAAGAUGAAUUAUAUGCCUAUAGUUAUGAACCUGUUGCCUUGUCUUGUUCUGAAAUUAAGCCUUGCAGUCCUUGUGAGGCCUCUUCUUCCACGGAAGGUAGCUCUGCUCUUCAUUCAGUUUGUGCCCCAUCUCUGGAUGAUGAAGAUGAUGAGGGAGAAAGCCAUGAUCUUGAUGAGAUCAACAGCCCACAGAGUGGACUUUGUUUAUGGAGUUUCAAUUGA